AUGGCCACUCCCCAGAACACACAGGUGCUGACGGCAUCAGUCUACGUCCCAGAGACUGUGCAUGGUACACACUCGUUCAAAAUCGACAAGUACGGCCUUUAUCGGGGCUUGGGCGUCGGCAACUGCAUCCAGUCCGCUAACUUCACCGUUGGCGGCCACGAAUGGUGCAUCCGCUUCUACCUCGACGGCUACAACGAGGCUAACAUAGACUAUGUGUCCGUUUUUCUCGAGCUCAAGACCAAGAACAUUGAGGUGGGGGCGAUGUACAAUCUGAUGCUGGUCAAUCAAGCCAUAGAGCCGUCGGUGUUGCCUUCCAACUUCACAAACUUCAAUGACAGGCCUCCUGUGGUGUUCAACACUCGCAAUGACAAACUCGAGGCAUGGGGUUUUGUUGCAUUCAAGAAGAAGUGCGAGAUCGAAGGCUCAUCAUACAUUUUGGACGACUCAAUCACCGUCGCAUGCAACCUUACUAUUAUCACAUUAAAGGAUGCCAAGGAGGUGGAUGCUGGGUUGAUCGGUGACAACCAAGUGCCACCAUCCGAAUUGGUUGCUAACCUUAGUAAAUUGUUAGGUUGUACAAAGGGAGCUGACAUGUGUUUCAAGGUCCAAAAUAAGGUAUUCCAUGCUCACGAGAUUAUCCUGGCGAUGCGGUCGCUGGUCUUCUGGGCGGAGUUCUACGGGCCGAUGAGGUUCAAGCAUGGGAACGUCAAAAACAUUGAAGAUAUGCAACCCGGUGUCUUUAGAGGACUGCUCCACUUCAUCUACACAGACUCGCUACCUCCGAUGAAGGACCUCAAUGCUGGUGGGUACGAAGAAAUGCUUAGGCAUUUACUCGUGGCUGCAGAUAAGUAUGCUAUGAAAAGGAUGAAGUCAAUAUGCAAGGGAAAACUUUGCCAGAGGUUUGAUCAAGAGACUGUGGCGACAACAUUAGCUCUGUCCGUCCAGUACAAUUGCAGCAUGCUCAAAGAUGCUUGCAUUAAAUUUAUCAACUCCUUGAGUAAUGUGGAUGGUGUGGUUGCGAGUAAAGGGUAUCAACACCUGAAAAGAGCAUGCCCUACUAUAUUUGUCGAUAUGUGGGAGAUGGCAACCAAGGCUCGAAAAGUUUAG